UUGCAAGAGAGCUUAGUUAGAAUAGACGGCUUUUCUGUACUUUUUACUUUUUAAGAUUGCUUUAGUUUUAGAUCUAGUCUAGUUUAUUUUUAGAGACAUAUAACCAAACAAAAUAAAAAAUGGCUGCAGGCUUUUGUGAAGAUUCUGAACUUUCAACUAUUAUUAGUAAAUUAUGGGAGAUGGAUGAUAACAAAUGUUUUCCUGGCAAAGAUUAUGAAAUAGACUUGCAGGGUUUUGUAAAUAGCACCAGAGAAGUAAAAGAAGAUCGGGCUAGAAAUAAUCUCUUUGCUUGGGUUGAUGAAGAGAAGGUGUUUAGCAGACGAACAUACAAAGCGUUCCGUGCUUUAUUGGACAACUAUGAAAUGGAACUUGGCAAGGCCGAGGUGGUGACGAUGGAGGAGAGGCGAGAAAACUACGAGUUCCUUACUGCUAUCAUGGAAACCAAGGUGAUGAAAGAGACACACAAAUACCUGGUGUCUAAAAGAGCUGCCCCAGAGAAUGUGGAGAAAUUUAAAGAAAUGCUGCAUGACAUUUGGUUUAAAAUGUUUAGACGACAGGCUACAAGGGGAGAAGACUCUUGCAGCUUUGAGCAUGUUUUUGUAGGUGAAGGACGUGGCACUGAAAUGAUAGGACUUCAUAACUGGAUACAGUUUUACUUGCAGGAGAAGGCAGGGAAUAUAAACUAUCAUGGCUAUUUUAGAAGAGAGACUGUCAGAGAUGAUGAGAUCAUUCGACUGUUAGCUGUUCAAUUUACUUGGAAGGGAAUCAAAGCAAAGCCCAUGUGCAGUGUCUUCAUAGGGUCCAGUCCAGAGUUUGAAGUGGCAGCCUACACUGUGUGUCUCCUCCUUGAUCGAGACGGCAAGACGGAUGUGAAGCUGGGGGAGUACGAGGUUGAGCUGACUGUCCACAGCUUUGGCAGGCAGAGGAAGUUGGGCACGGCAUACAUCGCUGCUGCUCGCAUGGAAAACUAUGUGAAAACUAAGAAAUGGUAGGCUUUGGUUUGCCUGGCUGGGCAUGAAGAUGAUAAACUGGAAGAGUGAUUUCCCUUAGCCUUUCUUUUUUGUUGAAAAUUUCUGCUAGUGAUUUUUUUUAUUAGCCCUAUUUCUGAUCUCUUUGGGGUAUUUGGUGAUAUGUUUAUUUUAUAUUUAAGAAAUGUUGGGAUAUGGGGAAUAUUUAUGUUAAAUUAACCAUAUUAGUGAAAUGUUUUUAAUGUGUACUUAAGGCACUCUGUUGAAUUUGAAUACACGCUCAAAAAUUGUAUUAAACUGUGAAAUAUAUUUUUUUAGGUAAUGUUAUUUUCAAUUCUUGUUUGGGAAUUUUUAGAAGAUGAUGUUUACUUUUUAUUGCAAUGCAACUUUUUUUUUAUUAAUGUGGUAUUUUAGUACAUUUUUUCUCAAGAACAAUUAUUAUUUGUGAUAAACUUGUACAAGUUGAAUUUAACUGAUAUUAUUAUAGUAGAGUUUUUUUAAAGUUGACUUUUAAUACAAAUUUGAUAAUUAUUUCAAAAUAAAAGUUAUUAAAUAGUAUUAUUUAUCUACUAUUGAUCUAUCUUUCGUUAGGUGGACUGUAGAAUUUGCUUUGUUGUUGAUCGAAUUAUUUUAUUGGCAAACUUUAAAAUGGUUGUCUUUGUUCGGGCAUUAUUAUUGCUUAGGUUUGCAAUAUUUAUAGAAUUUAGUUGUUUUAUCAUUAUUUAAAUAAGCUUGCAUUUCAUAAGUUUGUUUAAGUUCCUCAGUGUAGAAAAAAAUCUGCUGAGUCAAACAACGCACAUAACAUGACCUAUUUGAUAUAUCAUGUAAUACAUUAUGUAACACUAUCUUAAGAUAAGGUAUAACAUAUUUUACAUUAGAAAAUUAUGAGUAACAGAACAUUUACCUUAAACAUUCUUCCUUUAUGUUUGUGGAUAGUUUUAUCGAUACAUUUAUAGUGACAUUUUACUCAAAACUUUGUUAAAUUCUUAUUCAUUGAGUCGUUUGAUCAUCCAGGUUGUUUUACCUGUUAAACUGGUACUUCACCAUGUAACAGAUUUUACACUGGGUAUAAAUGGGACUUUACAAUGCUGUCAAAGGUUUAGCUGAUAAUGUGUCUGUUUUUGUAACAUUUUUUAGAAAAUGUCUGGUAGUUACUAUGUAUCAUUUUAAAGAUCUCAUUAUAUAUCUUUUCUCAUAUAUACAUUUAUCUUGUUGAUAAAUAUAACAUUUAAUUGUCUUUCUCUACAAUUGUUUGUAUUUAGUUUUGUGCAAGGGAUGUUUAGAUAAUUCCUUAUUACAUAUAUACAGAUAUAUUUUAUGUUGGUAAAAAUAAAAUUAUAUCUUUAUCCUUCUAUUUUUAAACCUUUAUUUUGCUAGAUACUAUUUAUUAAGGUGACAUGGGUGCUAGUUGCUUUCCUCAACACUGUUCAUGAUAUCACUGAAAUACUCU